CGCCUGUUGCUCGUGUACAAGGAAAAUUCUUGGACUGAGGAAUUUGCGAAUAGCGCUGGCUAACGGCAAUUUAUAACAUGAGUUUAUGCGAAGCUCGUGUUAACAACUGCGAAAAAUGCCACGUCUGAACAAUGCUCCAACAAACGGAACAAGCUAAUAUGCGGACAUUAGCCGCAGAUGCCGAGUAAACGCUGUUUGGACGAACAAUGGCAGGUUUGAGUGGAGCUGUGUGCGAGAAGUGACGAGUCUCUCAUUAACAAUAGGCAGACAGAACUAACCAUGUUUCUCCGAGCGCCUUCGUGGCUGCUGCUUUUCUAUCUGGAUGUGAUCACACAUGUUCUCCCCGGGGCUCAAGCGGCCUCCGCACCCAGUGCUGCCCUAACUUUAGUCUGGGGCCCCGGGCUGGAGCCGGACAUCGUCCUCCCAGCCCGGUUCUUUUACAUCCAGGCGGUGGACAGCUCUGGGAAAAAUUUAACAAAGUCACCGGGUGAGAAGACCUUUGAUGUGAAGAUCGACUCGCCAGUGGAGCGGUUCACCAGAAUUUGGAUCCAGGUACUGGAUCGCAAGGACGGGUCGUUCCUGGUUCGCUACAGAAUGUACGCCACCUACAGGGACCUCCACGUUCACAUUCUGCUCAGGGACAAGCAUGUGGCCAAGUCACCGUACAUUCUGAAAGGACAUGUGUACCAUGAGGGCUGUGACUGUCCUCAGCCCAGUGGUUCUGAGUGGGAGGCCCACAUGCAUUGCCCUCAGUCAUUUCCACAGAUAGACUCGGACUUAUCUCUUUUUACUAGUGUCGACCUGGAUCGUAAUGCUAAGGAGAUUCCUCAACGCUUUGGACAGAGGCAAAGUCUCUGCCAUUAUACCAUCGUAGACAACAAGGUGUAUGUUAAAACAUUUGGGGAACAUGUGGGUUUUAGAAUCUUUAUGGAUGCCCUCCUCCUUUCACUCACAAGAAAGGUUAAGCUCCCAGAUAUGGAGUUUUUUGUUAAUUUGGGUGACUGGCCAUUGGAGAAGAGGAAACCCAGUGAAAAGAAUCAUCCUAUCUUUUCGUGGUGUGGCUCGAACAACACCAGAGACAUUGUCAUGCCCACUUAUGACCUCACCGAAUCGGUUCUGGAGACAAUGGGAAGAGUCAGCCUGGACAUGAUGUCAGUUCAGGCCAACACGGGGCCACCGUGGUCCGAGAAGAACGCUACAGCCUUCUGGAGGGGACGGGACAGUCGCCAGGAGCGACUAGACCUGGUCAAGCUGUCACGAGCUCACCCCAACACGAUAGAUGCCGCUUUCACCAACUUCUUCUUUUUCAAACACGACGAGAGCCUGUAUGGGCCGCUGGUCAAACAUGUCUCCUUCUUUGACUUUUUCAAGUACAAGUACCAGAUCAACAUCGACGGCACUGUGGCGGCGUAUCGACUGCCCUACCUGUUGGCAGGGGACAGUGUGGUCUUUAAGCAGGAUUCUGCCUACUACGAGCACUUUUACAAUGAGCUCCGCGCGUGGGAGCACUACAUCCCAAUAAGAGCAGACCUGGGGGACCUGCUGGAAAAGGUCCAGUGGGCUCGCGACCACGAUGGAGAGGCCAAGAAAAUUGCACUGGCGGGUCAGCAGUUUGCCCGCAACCACCUCAUGGGAGACAACAUAUUUUGUUACUAUUACCAACUUUUCAAGGGGUAUGCCAAACUCCAGGUCAGUGAGCCCGUGGUUCGUAAGGGCAUGGAGCUUGUGGAGCAGCCCACUGAUGACCUGUUUCCAUGUUCCUGCCACAGGUCGAGGACAAAGGAUGAGCUUUGAUUGACUCGUCAUCCAUAUACAAAAGAGUCUUUCAUUACAAGUGCCAAAAGUGCCAAAAAACGUUGAAUGAAUAAAUUGGAUGUCAUGUUCAAAAUAAAUGUAUUUUUUGUAUGACAGGAA